AACAGAAGCUAAAUAACAACAAAUCAAAAAAAAAGAAGAAAAAAAGAAGAAAAAAACGUAAAAGAAAUUCGCAACACAAACACUGCAAAAAUGAGUAGCAGGAGAGUUUUUAAAAUCAACGGUGGACUCUCAAGAAUAAUCAACUGUUAUUGAGUUAACUCUGUGUUUAACAAGCAACAACAAGAAAUUAAUGCAACAAUAAUAAAAAUAACAACAACAACUAACUACAAAAUCUGUUGUGAAUCUAAAACAACAACUUAAAUGUAAACUCAAACUCUAACUAAACUUCCAAAAGAGCCUUGCCUCGCGCGCCUUUUUUUCUCUCUACCGCUCUACUCCUCUCUGUCUCUCCCGUUCACCAUUAAUACAUUUGGCUCCCUUGAAUACUCACGAUUUGUCUCCCUACGGUUUUUGUGUGUGUGGCAGAGCGUCGCCUCUAUGUGAAUCAAAAACCUAAAGAAUUACAACUACAAUUUCCCCUUUCCCACAACCUUUGCCACGGUUCUCUUCUUUACCAAAACACACCGUUUUUGUGGAAGAGAAGCGCCUUCCCUUGCCCUGGUAAUCUCACUAACUGAUAUUGUCCAGACAAGAACAACAACAAGAGCAGCAGCAGUAAAACCUCAAAAAACAAAAGCAACCAAAAUCACAAAACAACACCCACCAGUCAUGGAUCAUAAAUCAAUUGCCAGUCAAGUGAGGGAUCUACGCACAGCUUUUGAUUUAUUAGACAGAAAUCGUGAUGGCCGUGUUACAGCAAACGAACUCCAGUUUAUGCUGAAAAAUUUGGGCAUAAAUGUGCGAGAUGAAAUCAUAAAUGACCUGAUUCGGGAGGCGAGUCAUUCGGGUAAUGGUUUAAUAAAUGAAGCGGAAUUCCUGCAAUGGGUGGGUCGCAUACAGGCCCUGCGCGACGAGCAACACCAACAACAGCAACAAGAGGAAAACGCCAGCAAACCCGAUGAAUUGGAUGAUGUCACCCAGGAUUUAAUUGCAGCAUUUAGAGUAUUUGAUCGGGAUGGCAAUGGCUUUAUUACCCGUGAUGAAUUACAAACCGCCAUGGAAAUGAUUGGUGAGCCCCUGACAGAGACACAGCUGACACAGCUAUUGGCCAUAGCGGAUCUGGAUCAGGAUGGGCGAAUCGAUUAUGAAGAAUUUACAAAAUUAUUACUCUAAAAAGUGGCAGCUUUGAAGUAUGAACCUCAUUUCGAAAAAUAGCAACAACUUAAAACAACAAAACAUAACAUUUUAUUCUUUGCAACAACAACAACAACAAAUUAAAUUUAUAGAUAAAAAUGAUAAUUAUACUCAAAUUUUUAACUUAAAUGAAAAACAAAAAAAAAUACAAUUUUUAUUAAAGAAAAAUCUAUAUAAUUAUGAAUACGGCAAACAAAAGUAAAAAAACAAUUAUAAUCAAAAUUUAUUUAUAUAAACAGAAAAAAAAAACAAAACAACAAAAUUAUGGGAAUAUAAAACCUGAAGACUUUUCUUUAAAAGAAGUCUUCGAAAAUUUUUUUUUCAAAACCUAAAAUUAUAUACAAGAAAAUAAAUAACUAAAAAAUAAUAAUAUUUUUUGGGAUAAACAAAAACACCACCUUAUUAAAGGAAAAUUAUUACAAAUAAAUAUAAAAAAAUAACAAAAUUUACUAUUCAAUUUCUAUAAAAGAAAUUCAAAUUAUAAAAUAAAAAAAAUAUAUUUUUGUUAAGCUUAAUGUUAUUAUAUAUAUACUUAUAUUAAAGUGAAGAGAAAAAAACAAAAACACUUUUUCAACAAAAAAGUGCAACAACAAAACAUGAUGAGCAAGAAAAACAAAACAA